CAAGAAUGUUUGCUGGCCAUUUCUCACUAGCACUGCUAUUCCGUGAAUGGUUCCCUGAGUCAUCGCCCAAUAUAUUAUGUUUCGGUGUCGCUUUCCUCGAUAUAAUGCACGGCCUAUUCGCAUUCGUUGAUUUGGAGGGUAUCUCAAAGCUUCCGGACGAUCAAGCCGGCGCACUAGGACCUAUAAUGCUCCGUUGCGACUAUACUCACAGCUUGGUUGGUGCCGCUCUUUUAUCCGUUCUCUAUGGAUACAUUGCUACUGCAGCUACUCGACGGAGCCAAAAGUCAGCAUCCUUGUUUUUCCCCGGUUUCGUCGCGUCGUUUUCUCAUUUCGUUACGGAUUGGCUCGUUCAUGGACAUGACUUGCCUCUUGAUCCCAUAAGCAGGGUUAUCGUUGGUGGCACAGGACUUAUGGAAACGAAUCCUAAAGCAGCCUUUUAUUUGGAGGCUGCACUUUGCAUAUUUGGUGGACUUUAUUCGCCCAAGGAUCUGUGGACGCUCGUUACUGUUGGCUCGAUCCUUACUAUGCAUCUUACUUCACCGAGGAUUAUGCCACCCAUUUAUACAUUUAUGGUGGAGCAGAACGACAGUGUCCGACCACUGUUGACCGGCGUAGUCGUACCACUUUUGUUCGCAAUCCCUGCCGUCUUCUUGGGAUAUUGCUUAAAUCGGUCCAAACAGCAAGAGGCUACUGCUUCCGAUACUAUGAAGAAAAACAAUUGAAAGAGGGUCAUGCAAUAGGUUUUGCUUUGUGAAAGAUAUGCUCUACCAUAUACUUAGAAGGUCAUGGACUAUAUAAAGAAUCUGUAGAAAUGAUAUCAUCGUGGGCUAAAGUUUUUUAUUGUCCCGUACAAUCUUGAUACCUUGUAACUUGAUAGUAAUAAUAAAAAAAAGGUCUUUUUUUGCAUUACCGAAUGUCG